AUGACAGGCACAUCUGCUGUGGCGUCACCAAGAGCCCAAUACCCCGUGCUGAUCCCUGGCGAGGUCACCCAAGGCCAACACAGACAUGACACCAGCAGCUUCAGUGGCAGAGGAUCGGCCGAUGCUGCCGGGAACCCCUCGUCGGCGCUGGCGUUGGAGCUUGGUGGUCAGAAGCGCCGUUGCCUCUCUCCCAACAAAUUCUCCGGCGAUGCAGUUGAUGCGCAAGCCACCGCCAACGCAAAUGCAAAGAUUGCGAUUGUUAUCGUGAGAAUAGUCUUCGAUGGCACAUCGCCUAAGGCAAUGAUCAGCAUAGGGACAACUAUCGCUAAGCCCCCAAGGAUUGCAAACAAGAACCGCUUCAAAGUCAUGCGAAAAUUCGUGGCACGUUUCCGCAAUCUCUCGGCUUUCUUCCUCGUCGUGCCUCGUGUCAAACUCCCGUCCUUGCCACUGUUCAUAAGAAGAGGGUCAAAUGAGCCUAAGAGAUCUGCAUCUGAGUAG